AUGGUAAGAACACUUCCCGCACAGCACAACCACGGCGGUGGACGAGCACUUCGAGAUGUCCGAUCUCGUGCCUGCACGAACCAGACGCGAUGCCACGAGCGCUUGCUUUCAAGUAUCUUAUUGUUCCUGAGCCUUGCUGAUGGCAAUGCCCCAAAGUCCUCUCCAAGACCUGCCUCUCCUGUCAACUCCCCUACGACCGGCUCGACGACUGCGCGCCCAGCUUCGAAGCCACCCGGUGGACCAGCAACCGCGAUCCGACGAAAGGCUGCGGCAGACCGAGCAGACAAGGUCGCAAAUGCACGGCCAACGAGCACGCGCUCUGCUGGCGCCGGUGGAAGCAGCAGCACAAUGUUGAGUACGUAAACGUACUCUAAACGUACUCCUGGGCAAGAUCAUGAGAAUGCGAGAAUGGGAGAAGUGGAGUCUUUGGUUAAGAUGCUGAUAUCGUGUGUUGUGAACAGGGCUUUACACGGAUGAAUCGCCCGGUCUCAAGGUCGACCCGUUUGUCGUGAUGGUGCUUUCGAUUGGUUUCAUCAUCUCUGUGGUGAUGCUUCACAGUAGGGACACCUUUUACCUUGGACCCUGCUAGGAAUCUGCUAACGGGUCCGCAGUCAUUGCCAAAUUCACCAAGCGAUUCUCUUCGUAG